UCUCUCUCUCCAUUAAAAUCCCAUCGUGCUCUUCACGACCCAGCUUUUAUAAAUAUACUACUUUUAAUACCGCAGUACUACAUGAAUCUGUAAACCGCAGCUUGUGUUCCCCUUCUUCCCAUCAACGGUUUCCUGCUGGCGGGAAAUCGGACGCAGAAACAGGAUCUGCUCCUUUCAGGAUUUUUUCAAAUACUGGUUUGGAGGGUAACCAUUUUUUCUCUGGAUUUUCCUUAUUUUAAUAUGUUAUUCGUAUAUUAUACAGACAUGAUGCGGCCGCCGCCACUGCUACCACUAGAGAUCUGUUUCUGAAUCUUUCCGAAUCGUCUUCGGGUUUGGAUUUUUCGUGCACGGUAUGGAUUUCAAGAAGGAGAAGCUCGUAAGACUCGGCAGGAAAUCUCUUUCAUUGAAGGGGUGUUUGGAUGUGUGUUACUCUUGCAUCUUGACUCGAGUUGGGUUGUUUGGUGCUACACGAGAUUGUGUAAUUAGGCUUCAGUUGCAACUUGAAUGUGAUUCUAUCCAGACGGGAAACACCAUCCACAGUUCCCAUGGGAAGAGGACAAUAUACCGCUGCAUUUAUCAAAACCAUUGCCUUCAUAUCAUGUCCCAUCUCCUCUGCUUAAACCUGACGGCAUUGGUAGAAUAUUUGGGAUGCCGAAGAUCGGACGGUCUAAGGUCUUUCCUGAAGACCACGGGCCAUGGCAGAAGCAAAUACUUGAUCCGGGCAGUGAGGUUGUCUUGCAAUGGAACCGAGUUUUCAUUAUCUCAUGCUUGGUUGCUCUUUUCAUAGACCCAUUGUAUUUCUACCUACCUUCAGUGGGGGGUUUGGUGGGGGAUACUCUGAAUCCGUGUAUGAAGACAGAUUUGAAUUUGAGGAUCGUGGUGACCUGUUUCCGAACUGUUGCCGAUUUGUUCUAUUUAUUGCAUAUGGUGAUAAAAUUCCGGACAGCAUAUGUGGCCCCUAGCUCACGGGUGUUUGGGAGAGGUGAACUUGUCAUGGAUCCUAAGAAGAUUGCGAGGAGAUAUUUACGGUCGGAUUUCUUCAUAGACUUGGUCGCGGCACUCCCUCUUCCUCAGAUUGUCAUCUGGUUUAUUAUACCGGCAAUUAGAACCACCCACGCUGAUCAUAACAAUAACGCUCUUGCUCUGAUUGUUCUGAUCCAAUACAUUCCCAGAUUGUAUCUUAUUUUUCCAUUAAGUUCUCAAAUCAUCAAAACUACUGGACUUGUGACAAAGACUGCUUGGGCUGGGGCUGUAUAUAAUCUGCUACUCUACAUGUUAGCUAGUCAUGUCUUGGGAGCAUCAUGGUAUCUUUUGUCAAUUGAAAGACAGACUGCAUGCUGGAAAACCGAAUGCAGAAACGAAACUGAGUCUAUAAAUGGAGCAAAAUGCAAAUUUGCUUAUUUGGACUGUGACACUUGGUAUCAAACGGAACGCCAGAAUUGGGCAAACAGCACACCUGUAUUUCAGAAUUGCAAUCCUGAUAAUAGUGGCAUCACUUUCAACUUUGGCAUAUUUGAAGAUGCAUUGACUAAAAAUGUUGUUUCCUCAAGUUUCGUUAAGAAAUACUUAUAUUGCCUAUGGUGGGGUUUGCAAAAUUUAAGUUCAUAUGGGCAGAAUUUGCAAACAAGCACAUUCAUUGGGGAAACAUCAUUUGCCAUACUUAUUGCCAUUUUGGGCCUGGUUUUAUUUGCACAUCUGAUUGGGAACAUGCAGACCUACUUGCAGUCUAUCACUGUGAGGCUUGAAGAGUGGAGACUUAAGCGAAGAGACACUGAAGAGUGGAUGAGACAUCGCCAACUUCCCCCGGAUUUGCGGGAACGCGUCCGGCGGUUUCUUCAAUACAAGUGGCUUGCAACACGAGGAGUGGACGAAGAAUCUAUCCUCCGUGCUUUACCCACCGAUCUUCGUCGGGACAUCCAACGGCACUUAUGCUUGGACCUUGUUCGACGUGUGCCCUUUUUCUCACAGAUGGACGAUCAACUUCUUGAUGCCAUAUGCGAACGCUUGGUAUCAUCCCUAAGCACAGAAGGUACCUACAUUGUUCGUGAGGGUGACCCAGUAACAGAAAUGCUUUUCAUCAUUCGAGGACGAUUAGAGAGUUCUACUACCAAUGGAGGCCGAACUGGUUUCUUCAAUUCUAUCACUCUUCGGCCUGGUGAUUUUUGUGGCGAGGAGCUACUCGCGUGGGCACUUCUUCCAAAAUCUGCCCUCAACUUGCCUUCUUCAACUAGGACAGUAAGAGUCCUUGUUGAGGUGGAGGCUUUUGCAUUACGGGCGGAAGAUCUCAAGUUCGUUGCAAACCAGUUUCGACGUCUGCACAGUAAGAAGCUGCAGCACACGUUCCGGUUCUACUCCCACCACUGGCGAACUUGGGCUGCUUGCUUCAUACAAGCUGCUUGGCGUCGGUUUAAGAGAAGGCAAAUGGCGAGGGAUCUAAGCCUGCAGGAGUCGUUCUCCUCUGUGUCGGACGAGCACAUACCUGAUGGAAGGACACAAGAGGAGGAAGAGGAUGGAGAGGCUGCCUCUAGCACGCCUUCACAGGCCAAACAGAAUCUUGGGGUUAUGAUACUGGCGUCGAGGUUCGCCGCAAGCACAAGAAGAGGAGCCCAGAAGAUCAAGAGUGUUGAAUUGCCAAAAAUACGGAAGCCGGAAGAGCCUGACUUCUUUGCUGAGCCUGAUGAUUAUGAGUAGCUUCUUGGCCACUGGUAUUGUAGGGAUUGUAUGGUGCAAAAGCAUCAGGAUGUGAGCAGUGUCCUAAUGCUACCCUGUCUGCUCAAGUGGUGCCCAUUGUUUGGUGGUCCAGACCAUUGAUCUGAUGUGCCCCACAGUUGAUAGGAGACUUCCAAACUAAAAGGCCCUAGCCAGUAGAAUCUUCGGCCUUUUUUCAUGAAACAAUUGCUGCAUUUUUCUCAUAACCGUCUAUUUGUAGGCCACUGAUCGAAAUGGUCAGGAUCAUCCCGGUUUUUUAGCAUCCAAUGUCAGUGGUGGGGCCCAACACAUCCAUGGCUUGACACUAUUCACAUCCUGAUGCAUCUGGACCAAACAAUUCCUUGUAUAAAAUUCUCCAGUAACUACUGCUUCAGCCAUCAUUGAUGGCUUGUGCUGCCACAGGUGAAACCAACUUAGGAAGUCUGCGAAGAACCUGUACAAUGGUGAUAUGAAAGGCCCCAUAACUUUCAAUUUCGAUACAAGAGGGGCCGAAAUCCUGACCAGUCAUUUGGUUGUCACAAUUAAAGGUUAUACACAUGUCUUGACAUUGUAUCUAUCCAUGAUUACAUGUAUCCAUCAUCUAACUUCAAGAUUUAUAUAGGUUUGCUGUGAUAUGAACACUGGCUAAUGCGUAUUGGUUUUUUCAGGUAGUCAACAGUAUGAUGUACUUUGUAUUGUAUCAUUUCAAGUUUGAAAACAAAUAUAUUUUCCGGUA